AAAUUUUCCCAUUUUCCUCAUAAUUUCCAGGUUCUGUUCUGAGAAAUAUUUUUCUUCCCAAAAUCUUUUUUUUUUUCAUAAUUUCCAGACAUAUAAUUUUCCAUCAAGCCUUGUUAUAUACUUUAAUUUUAAUUUUUUUUAGAUAUAUUUCUUUUUCUUUUUCUUCCGUCUUGUUCUAGUUCUGGUCUAGCUGUUUUCCUUAAGUUUUCUGUUCUGUGUUGAAUGAUUUUAGCUUUGCUUGUAGAAAGAAUUCGGUCGUAGUUCGUCUCAAACAAAUCUACAUGGGUUUUUGAAAAAAAAGAGAAAAGAUUUAAUGGUUUUAGAUAUGGAGUCUACCGGAGUAGUCAGAACAACCGCCGGAGGUGGAGGCGGAGUCACGGUGGUGGGAUCCGACGCGCCGUCAGACUUCCACAUAGCUCCGAGGACGGAGGGCUCGAACCCACCUCCCAUCUCCGCCGCUCCUUUGGCGCCGCCGACCACCGGAGCAGCUCCACCUCAGAAUCCCACGGCGGCGACGGAGGGUCUCUCCGGCGGACCGAUGAGGAAGAAGCGUGGACGGCCCAGGAAGUACGGACCCGACGGGAAGGUGGUGGCUCUGUCUCCUAAGCCGAUAUCGUCGGCGCCUCCGCCGGCGUCUCACGUGAUCGAUUUCUCGGCGUCGGAGAAACGCGGCAAAGUGAAACCCGCCGGCUCCUUCAGCAGGUCAAAGUACCAGUUCGAGAAUUUAGGUGAAUGGGCCGCUUGCUCUGUCGGGGCCAAUUUCACGCCUCAUGUCAUUACAGUGAACGCCGGCGAGGAUGUAACGAUGAAGAUAAUCUCGUUUUCGCAACAAGGGCCUCGUGCCAUUUGCGUUCUAUCUGCAAACGGCGUUAUCUCGAGCGUCACGCUUCGCCAGCCCGAUUCCUCGGGCGGUACAUUGACGUACGAGGGUCGGUUCGAGAUACUAUCAUUGUCAGGAUCGUUCAUGCCUAACAAUAUCGGCGGGACUCGAAGCAGAACCGGAGGAAUGAGUGUCUCGUUGGUAAGCCCCGACGGUCGUGUCAUAGGUGGCGGAGUCGCUGGUCUAUUGGUUGCUGCUAGCCCUGUUCAGGUCGUAGUAGGGAGUUUCCUACCCGCCGGGACGAACCAACAAGAUCAGAAACCGAAGAAGCAGAAGCUCGAUUUCGUAUCGGCUCCGACUGCAGCUAUCCCGAUUUCCAGCGCAUCCGACCCUCGGGUGACCGUUCCUGUCCCCGUCUCAACUAUUCAGACAGAUACGUGGCCGCCGAUACCUUCUGAUCCAAGAAACAAACCCUCUGACAUUAACGUCUCCUUAACUUGAACGUUUUGACAAUGCCCAUUUUGCUACCUACCCUCUUCUGUUGUUCUUCUUCCUCUACGAAUCUCUCUGUAGAUCUCCUGUGUUCUUCUUUCCAGAUUAGGGUUCUUCGCCAGCUGAUCUUUUAGGUUUUAGGGUUUUUGUUUCGGUUUCGGUUUUCUAUGUUAGUCGGAUUUUUUCACUCGAGUGUGAAAUGAAUCAUCUGUGUUCCCUGAA